CCCCCUUCCCUCUUGUUGCUAAAUAGAAGCAAACAGUCUCUCAGAGGAAAACUGUAAUUUCUUAUCCGUUUCUGCCAUCGCUAUGAGAGGGAGAACGCUUUCUUCUGUUUGUUUGCUUAUCCUUAUCAUUUUCAGAGAGGUGUCUGGAUUCAAGAUUCGGAACAAGCUUCUGGGAAAAUGCCUGCAGGUGCAAGAAGGAACAAGAGGAGGUCAAGUGUCACUGGGAGAGUGCAGCCAAUACUCAUCUGUACAGGAAUGGCGCUGGCUCCCAGAAGGCCAGGCUCUCAGCAGCCAACACACUGGAGAAUGCCUGACUGCACCAAGGGAGGAGUAUGAAGGUGUUGUUCUGGAGCCCUGCGUUUUCAAAGAUGGAGCUGGUGCAGAGGAUGCGGAAAGAGAUGCAAAUAGCCAGGCAUGGACCUGCUCAAAGAAAGGCCAAAUAACUCUGAUAGAGAACAGGCUUCACUUGAGUGCAACAAAAGAUUCCUCUUUGGUUUUUCUGUUGAAGGGACAUAAGCAGGGCACCAAAUGGCGAGCUCUCAAUAACCAGACGUUGUGCAACAGGAGAGACAGUACAGAAAACCCAAACCAACCUCAUUAUCAUGUGGGAGAAAAUACAGACAUUUCUCAAAGUCCUUUAUCUGAAAGACACAUGCAGGUCAAAACAUAUGAAGGUAUAUUGGCCUCCAAAGGGACAGAAGCAUAUUCUGUGAAGCAUGUGAUUCCUUACUCCUUAGGCACCAAAUCUCCUGCAGAUCCAACCAUGGUUUUUUUCACUAUGGACUAUGGAAUGGGAUGGAAGAUAACCAUGCUGGUAUUGAGCUCUUUGGCUCUGGUCCUAGGAACUGUCAUUCUCAUUCUGAACGUGUACUCCAACAGGAGGAAGAAAGUGGUUUGUGUUUUGAAGUCGUAUGCUCCGAGGCCAGAGAUGAGUGUUUCUGGAUCCCCAGCAUCCAGUGAAAGAGCAGCCCUGACCGAGCAUGCCAGGCAUUAUCCACACUCCUCCCCAACCUUACAGCGAGGGGAGAUUCGGAUCGAGUGGAAGGAUGGAACCGUCACUCCGCUGUACGAGGCCUGAAAGCCUCCACUUCCGAUGUAGACUUAAGUGUGGUUGUUUUUGUUAAAAGGGACUGUUGCAAGGGUAGGUAGGUUUGUUAUCCUUUGAUUCUGUUUGAAUAGAAGUGCAUUGUGAAAGCAAUAAGCGAGUAACAGCAGUAAAAACUAGAUCCGUAGAUUGUUUCAUAGCAGUAUACUUUUAUGGAUCACAUAAAAUAAUGUAUUUAAGGCAGAACUGCCUGAGGAAGAUGAGGAGGAUUGUGUAGUUGUCACACACAGGAGUUCACACUAAAUAUAAAAAAAUAGUAAAGAUGCCUCACAGAAAAACUGCUAAAUAAUGGGUUAGUAUAUCUACUUAUAAAUUCAGUUAAUUUUAGUUUGUUAAUUAAAUCAUGUUGAUGAUGCUGACAUACACCGUUACUGUAUAAAAUUACAACUUCUUGCAAAGGUUUCACAUUCUCUAAAAGUUCAGUCAAAAUUCAGACCUCUGCCUGAUUAAAAUGCUGUGGUGGGACCUUUAGAAGCAAAGAUGGAUGUCUGAAAACCCAAAUAAGCUUAGCAAUGGUAUUCAGAAGAUGGGUCCAAAAUUCCUCCAUAGUAAUUGACUAUCAAAUCCAUAUUAAAAAUGAUUUCUCCAUGUUAUUGUUGCUCACUGUGGGUGAGUGUUUUCCACUCUGAGACUUUCCAUUUUUGCUUGUUGUGUUUUUUGUUUAAUAAAUAUUGACACUAGAUGCUGUAGUGUGCGUUUCUGAAUGCCUGAUGGUAGAUUUGAAUAGUUUUAAAAUCUGGUAAACUCCAGAAAAAAAAAGGUCUGCCCUGAUACUUAGCUUCCUAGCUUUGAAAGAGGAUUGUUUUGUCUAGCUUUGAUAGUUAAACAAAUAUUUUGACAAAACCAAAACAAUUUUGUUUUCAUAUUUUUGCUCAGAUGUCUCCUCAUUAUUCUAACCCCAUCCCCUAACAAUAAAAAUAAUGUUUAAAAUGUAGCACAAUGGGACUGAAGGAUGUCAUAAUGGGGCAGCAAUUUCCACUGCUGCCUUACAAGACACAGGAAGAUUAUUGGUAUUAACUAGAAAUUGUGGAGUUUGGGUGUUUUACCACUUUCUGUUUUGAUUUUCCCAUUUGUUUGCUGUUUUUCUUUGCCAAGGUAUAUGUUAUAGGUUCAAAGUGGAAUAUAACUUGGCCACAUGUAUGACUGUGGAUAUAUUGGGAUCCUGCCAAUGCAUCCAGAAUGGAUUUUGCCUCCCUAUAUAUCAGCAGAUAUCCUUUAAGGACCCCAGGGAACUCUGAAAAGAAGGGGGGAAAGAUGGCCCUGAAGGAAUCUUUGAAAAGUCUAAAACAUUAGGAGAUCAUUUUUUUUCAGUGGUGAAUAUUUACUAGAUUCUGGUAGGAUUACUCAUUGUGUUUCAUAUGAAACAUAUUGCUUAUGUGGUCUAUCAAAUAAAAUAACUAAAGUAC